GAACAUCCCACUGGGUCAACAGAUACAGCUCAUUGUUUUAAUAACUGCAUAAUAUUUCCUUCUAUGGGUGAACUAUAACUUAAUCAUUUUCCUAUUGAUGGAUAUGCAGCUUGGGUCCAGUUUUUCCUACCACAAAUACUGCUGGAAUCAACAUCCUUGUAUCUAUACCUUUGCAAACUGGUACUUUUCUUUCUAUGGUAUGUAUUCCCCAAAGUGGGAUUGCCAGGUCAAAGUUAUAGAUAUUUCAGUGUUUAACAGACAUUGCCAGAUUGUUUUUCCAAAAGAUGGUGGCAAUUUAUACUCUUUCCAGCAAUGUAUGAGAGUCCAUCUCUGUGUAUCUUCACCAGCAUCAUAUAUUACUGUUUAAAAUUUUUGCUAAUCUGAUAGGUUAAAAAAAAAUGGUAUCUUACUGUAAUUUUGAUUUGCAUUUCCCACAGGUUGAAAAUUAUUUUCAGAUGUUUACUGGAAAAUUUGGAGUUCCUCUUCUGUGAACUGCUUGUUUAUCUUGUUUACCCUCCCUUUUCUGCUGAAAUGUCUUUUUUCGUUUUUUUUUUUUUUUUUUUUUUUUUUGGCUGCACCUCACAGCUUGCGGGAUCUUAGUUCCCCAGCCAGGGACUGAACCUGGGCCCCAGCAGUGAAAGCGCCAAAUCCUAACCACUGGACCACGAGGGAAUUCCCUGGACUGUCUUUUUCUUAUUAAUUUCUAAGGGCUUUUUUUUUUUUUUUUUUGCGGUACGUGGGCCUCUCACUGUUGUGGCCUCUCCCGUUGUGGAGCACAGGCUCCGGACGCGCAGGCUCAGCGGCCAUGGCUCACGGGCCCAGCCGCUCCGCGGCAUGUGGGAUCCUCCCAGACCGGGGCACGAACCUGUGUCCCCUGCAUCGGCAGGCGGACUCUCAACCACUGCGCCACCAGGGAAGCCCUCUAAGGGCUUUUUAAGGAACAGGAAUGGGCCCACCAGUUCCAGAAAGUGGCAGAGCUGGUGGCUUGGCCAGCAGGAAGCCAUGCUCGUGACGUGUACCCAGGAACAUGGCCACAGCGCUGUGGGAGCACGCAGGAGCGGGAUCCCACCCAGGAUACCACAUUACAUUUAAUUGUCAUGUCUCCUUAGGCUCCUCUUAGCUGUGGCAGUUUUUCAGACUUUCCUUGUUUUUGAUGAUCUUGACAGUUUUGAGGAGUACUGGGCCAGCAUUUUGUAGAAUGUCUCUCAGUUGGAACUUUUCCGAUGUUUUUCUCAUGAUUAGGCUUGAGUUCUUCAGAGGUAAAAUGUCAUUCUCAUCACAUCACAUCAAGGGUACAUACUAUCAACUUGACUUAUCAAUGUUGAUCUUAAUCUUGAUCACCUGCUUGAGGGAGCGUUUGUCAGGAUUCUCCACUGUAAAGUUAUUUUUUUCCCCACCCUUUCAGACUGUCCUCUUUGCAAGGAAAUCACUAUGCACAGCCCACAAGACUGCUGGUUUACACUCCUCCUUCAAGGUGGAGUAUCUACCUACAUAAUUUGGAAUUCUUCACAGGAGAUUUGGCUAUUAUCCCCCAUUUAUUUAUGUAUUCAAUCAUUUAUAUCAGAAUAGACUUGCAGCUAUUUAUUUUAUACUUGGGGUUAUAAUCCAAUACUGGUUUAUUUUGUCGCUCCUAUUGUCCCAGAUUUGGCUUUUGGAAGCUCUUUCAGUUGGCCCAUGUCCUCUAACUUAUCUCCAACUUCCUGUUGUUUUGUUUGUUUGUUUAGCACUUCCUUACUUUCUGUGCUACAAAAUGUUCCAGGCUCAUCUUGUAUAUUUCCUACUCCAAUCCUAAAAUCAAUCAUUUCUCCAAGGAGAAAGUCAAGGUGACGUUUUAGUCUUAGCAAAUGUGUAUCUGACUGGAAGUUGGGACAGACAAUCCGUCAGGUGGGCAGGAAUAAGACUCAAGCCACCCUCGCGAGGGGACUCUCCCAGCAGCAGCAGCCAGAAUUACAAGCCCUUAGCUGAGAAAUAGAUGACUCACCAGCUCCCCAGGUUGUCUCCUCCCUCCCCCUCUUGCUGACAAGACUGUCCCUAAACCAGCUCCAACAGAGCGACCUAGGUUAGAAAGUGUCCCCACCCAAGGGGCCAGUGAAGAAUGGCCUGUUGCAGGCCAAGUUAGGGCUUUAACCAUAGCCAGCUGAUACCUCCCCCCAUUUGUGUAUUUGUGUAUUAUUUAUACCCCUUCUACCUGCAGAAGGAAUUAAACAGAAUUACCCUCAAAUUUCAGCUACAAUAAAACUAUUAAAGCUUGGGUAAAAGGACAAGAGUGCUGUGAAGAAGAGCGUGUGUGUGUGUGUGUGUGUGUGUGUGUUGUGUUGGGUUGGGUGUGUAUGUGUGUGUGUGUGUUAACUUUGUCCCAGACACCUGGGCUGAGGCAACUUCCCCAGGUUCCCUGAAUAACAGAUUGCUAGCACCAGAAGGACUUUAAGAAAUAUAUAUGCUUCACCUGGCAUUUUAUAGCUGAGAUGGAGCAAGUGAUUUCUCAGGAAUCACACAGCUAAUGAGCUGAAGAACUAGGAAUACUGGGACACGUCUCUUGAUGUCUAGGUCUUUUCAAAUCCCCAUUCUUGCCUCCCUUUCCAGGAGAGUAAAAAGAAUAGCUUUUAGACCUCCUGGGUGAUACAAUGGCAAGACAACACUUAGAGGCUUCUUUCACUUGCUAGAUGAAUAAACUUAUGUGGAUGUGUCUGAGAAGUCAUUGGGGGCUAUAAUUAGGGGUUAUUCGCAUCCCCAGACACUCGGACAUAGGGAAUGUAGGAUGUAGACAUUGGGAUGCAGAAGUGGAUACUGGGGAUCCUAACAUUUCUCCACAGUCAAGCUUUAAAUGGUUAAAUCAGCAAUGUUCUAGUUGUCCUCAACUUUUGACCAACAGUGGGGGGAAAAAAAGAAAAAUAAAUAAAAACCAGGGGUCCUGAGACUUUUUUCAAGAGAUUUAGAGAUUUUGGCUUAGGGAUUUUUAUACUACCAACUGUUUGAGAAAUUGGAUUAUCUCUUUUCUUUAAUAUUCACUGCCCUAUCCGCCUCCCAACACUCUCCCUUCAACUCAUGAAUGAGGUGUUUUCAAUGAUCUUUGUGUAGGCUGAGAUCUUUGUACAGGCUUGGAAUUCAGAGAAAGGAUUCUGGGCCUGGUGUCACUUGGUGUGGCUGUAAUAAAGAGAUGAAAUUAGCAUCAGGCUAUUUUUCACUUGCUCUCUUGGUGACCUUCUUAGUGCUACCUGGGAUAUCAUGUCUCUGUCUGUAAACUCCUUCUAAGGCAAGGACAGUGGGCGGCCCAGAACAGCAUCAGCAAAUAGGUAAUUACUAUGUGCUUUUGAUGAUGAUGAUGAUGAAGAUAAUAUUAGGAACUUUGCGGAUUUAGAAAAUAUUCAAUUGGAGGACUGUCCUUGAAGAUACUCCCCAGCUAGCUUCUCCAGCACCCUGAGUUCCUUUAGAGGAGCAGAGUGAAGGUGUUUAAAGCCUCCCUUCACGCUGAGUCUAGAGGAAGCUCUUCGGUGGAAGGGGGUCGUUACACUCCUGCCUGCUGAGUUCACGCCUGAGUUUAUCUUCUGCCUCUUCAUGAUCUCUAUAUUAAAAAAAAAUAAUUCAUUAAUUAGUAAAAUUAUUAUCCAGACUUUUUUUUCUCGUACAAACAUAUGUCUAGUUUUUUGUUUUAAUUUGAACAAAGGUUUAAUCUGAACAUGCUGCAUUAUGUGUUCUGCAAUUUGCUUCUUCCUCCUAACAAUAAAUCCUGGAUAUCUUUCUCUGCCAAGAUACCUAGAUCUGCCUCAUUUGGGCAAGUCUUUGUCCUCGUACCUGUGUGAUUCUCCGAGCGUCAGUUUUUGGCCUGCCUCUCUUCGUCAGGGUGUGAGAGAUUGCCUGACCUCUUGCUGCAGAGGGAGGUCCUGGAGGAGGCCUGGAGGGUGGGCGGGGCCCGAGGCCGCACUGGAUAUGCAGAUGAGGUAGGCGGGGCCCCCACAUAUACCCGCGGGUAGCUGCUGGCGGUUGAGCCGGGUCUCGGCUGAUUCAGUCAGAGGUAGCCUACGGACCCUGCUUCACCGAGCACAGCGGAACCUGGUCCCCGGCUGUCCCCGGAGCGGGCCAUGCCCCCGCGGGAGUUAAGCGAGGCCGAGUCGUCCCCGCUGCGGGCCCCGACCCCUCCGUCGCGGCGGGGCAGCGCGUCCCCAGAGCUGGGCAUCAAGUGCGUGCUGGUGGGCGACGGCGCCGUGGGCAAGAGCAGCCUCAUCGUCAGCUACACCUGCAAUGGGUACCCCGCACGCUACCGGCCCACAGCGCUGGACACUUUCUCCGUGCAAGUCCUGGUUGACGGAGCCCCGGUGCGCAUUGAGCUCUGGGACACAGCGGGACAGGAAGACUUUGAUCGCCUUCGCGCCCUCUGCUACCCGGACACGGAUGUCUUCCUGGCCUGCUUCAGCGUGGUGCAGCCCAGCUCCUUUCAAAACAUCACAGAGAAAUGGCUGCCAGAGAUCCGCACCCACAACCCCCAGGCGCCCGUGCUGCUGGUGGGCACCCAGGCCGACCUGAGGGACGAUGUCAAUGUACUGAUUCAGCUGGACCAGGGAGGCCGGAAAGGCCCCGUGCCUCAACCCCAGGCUCAGGGCCUGGCCGAGAAGAUCCGGGCCUGCUGCUACCUGGAGUGCUCUGCCUUGACGCAGAAGAACUUGAAGGAGGUGUUUGACUUGGCCAUUCUCAGCGCCAUUGAGCACAAAGCCCGGCUGGAGAAGAAACUGAACGCCAAAGGUGUGCGCACCCUCUCCCGCUGCCGCUGGAAGAAGUUCUUCUGCUUUGUUUGAAGAGCUGUGGCAGCAAAAUGAUCAGUAGGCCAAUGGCCACAGACUUCUAGAACCUGGGGCACGGGACCUUUGAGGGACCUGCUGGCAGGGCCAGGUCACCCCCAUGGGACUCAGUUCCCAUCUGAACACUGUGGCAACACAGCCUCCAACUGCCCACUCUAAUGUGCCAGGGUGAGCCCAGGGCCUGGAGGAGGGAAGGCUCUGACUUGGAUUUCUGUGGAUUUCUCUGACUUGGAUUUGUCAAGUACAGAGAAAUCCCAGUACUUUGAUUUUCAUGGGAUUAUCCUAACAGUGUCAGCUGCCUCCAAGCAGUUUGGGAUCCAAUACCCAGUUUCUUAUCAUGGGCCCUCAGGUCAAUCUGGCUGAAUUAGGACCACUCCUGGUGGUCCCCACCCGCUCCUUGGCUCAGGGGUGAGGAAGAGCCUGGGGAACAGCUGGGCAUCUUGGAGGGCUGGAAGGCGUCUGGCCGUGAAUUGGAGAGAAGUUUAGGAUGGAUUGGGUAAGACAGAGGUCAGUGAGAGAUUGAGAGGGAUCCGAAAGUAAAGGCUUGGAGCCUUGGGACUGGAGGCAGGCUGGGGAGGAGGAGGCAGACGAGAGGGCUAAGCUUGGAAGGAAGAAGAGAAAGAAGGAGAGCAGAGAAGUGGGGCAGCUGAGGAGCAAGGCUGCCACCUGGGCUGUCCUCAACCCCCAAGGCCAGGGAGGGUAGGGCUGGUCCCUGGGAAGAACUGGGUCUCAGUGCUCCCUAGGCACUGCCCAAACUGGCUAGGCCAGGAGUGGGGCAGGAAGUGAGAGACAAGGCCCAGCAAGAGGAGGGGGAGGAGCUGCAAAUUGGAGCCUGAAGGAAGACGGGGCUUUCUCCAAGGUCACAACCUAGAAGAUAAGGCAGUGCGGAGUCUGCAAAUAAAGCCUUAAGUUUCUGAA